AUGUCCUCAAACGUCAAAGCCAGCGUUGAUGUCUUUCAAUGGCACCUGGAAAAAGGGGCAAGUCUAUCAGUUUCUGCGAACGGGAAUUUCCAGAAAUGGAACGGACUUACUUGUCUUCAUGCCGCGAUUGCCUCUCUUCAACCUCGAUAUCCAAAAUCUAAAUUCAAUGUGUUCGACGUCGACUUGGCCGAAAUUCUAGACCAUGUGCCCCGAGCUUGGGAAGAUCAAGGACCAAUUUAUAAUGAAUAUGAUCGCCUCAAUCAGAUGAAGCGAAUUGAAUUACUUAUUCAGCAUGGUGCUGACUUGUUUGCGGUUUCAGAAUUCUAUGGCACACCGACAGACCUUGCCCGAUUCACUGGGAACUUCGAUAUUUGGAUCGAUUCUCUGAAAAAAUGUGGUAUCAAUCCUAAAAAUGUCCUGGUGACAGAUAGGAAGAUUGAGCGCAGCAAAAAGUUUUGGGUGACAGAUCUUCUGGCGCGGGAACAGAAACUUGAGAAGCGGAAACUCCACAACCACUUUAAUGACAUCUUCGGGUUUCUUGACGACUUUCAAUUCUCAGAGAAAGUACGUGGGAUCAAGCCCAGGGAAUCUAGAGCUCUACCGGCAAAUCCAUUGCUUCUGAAGAUGGAGUCGUACAAAGAGGUACUCCAUAUACUCCAAUCUUCCCUCAUCAGCGCAAUCCAUGUGGUCGACGAGGAUCAACACUUUGGUCCUCGGAUUCUCACAGACGCUGAAAUUUUUGACGGAGCUUACCAUGACAACUUUUUUGGCAAUACCCAUUACUACGAGUCCUCAAAAAAUAUUCCAUUUUACAAAAAGCUGCGCCGAUAUCUCGAAAUGGUAGCCGCUAUUGCAUCUGCAGACGCUGAUCCUGAUCAGCCGGAGUGGAAAUCCAAUCACUACAAAUACUAUCCUUUUCUCAAAGCAGUGGCUGGGUUCUACUUGGACAAAGCCUUUCGCUUUCCUCCCCAUGGCUGUGACUGGAGAUAUGAGGAUGAUGAGAGUGAAGUCGAGCCAAAUAUACCUGGGUCGUGGCAUUCAGGUUAG